AUGGCUAUUUAUGUUCCUAUGGUCCUCUUCAAUUUUUUGAGAACAUUAAAAUUUAUUGCUUGGCUGAGUACAAUAGGGAAUUUUUGUAUGGUUUCGAGUUUAGCCUUUCUCUUACAGUAUGUCAUUCGUUAUCCAAUCCAUAGUAUCGGAGAGAUGCCUUUCUUCAAUACCUUCGAUGGAUUACUGACCGCAGCCGGUUCAAUCAUCUACUCAUUUGAAGCCCAGACACUUGUCCUUCCAAUGGAAAACAAAUUAAAAAGACCCAGUCAAAUGUUAGGACCAUUCGGAAUUCUCUCAAGUGGCAUUUCUCUUGCAACUUUGGUUUAUUCAAGUAUUGGUUUCUUUGGAUAUGUUGCUUAUGGUGAUAAAAUUAAAGGAAGUAUUACACAGAAUUUGCCUCAACAUCAAAUAUCCUUUACCCUCGUCAAAAUGGCAAUAUGCAUUUCUGUCCUAGCCUCGUUCCUUUUACAAAUGUAUGUAAUUGUGGAAAUUGUUUGGACAAAGUGCCGCAAACUUCUAUUUGAGGAACAAAUCGAAAAUAAAAUUUCCAAAGAGGAUUACGAAAAAGAAUCAAAAGAUGAUAGCUGUCAAUAUGAGGAGAAGGAAGUUACUGACAACAAACGUUGGAUACCUUUGCUCCCUCAACAUUUUAAAUUGGGCACUGAAUUGUUAGUUCGGACAUUGUUGGUGACUGUUUGUUGUUAGUUUUUUGGAAAAUAAUCAGAAAUAUACUAUCGUAUUGCCUCUAAUUGAAUGCCCAUGGAUCUUAUUUUUCAAUCAUCCUCCAAAGGCACAUUCCAUUAGAGGGGGAGUGGAAGGGGAGGUGUAUUCAAUUGGAAGAGAGAUUCAAUUUUCGCAAUUUUGUGACAUCCUUAAA